UCCAUCCAGUUCGACGCUCUCUUUCUCUAACAAUGGCAUCCGCCGCGACGGCGCCGCCGGCGGGGAAGCGGCCGGCGACGGGCGGCCGGGAGGGCGACCAGAUGGUGGUCACGCCGCUCGGCGCCGGCAGCGAGGUCGGCCGCUCCUGCGUCCACAUGACCUUCAAGGGCCGCACCGUCCUCUUCGACUGCGGCAUCCACCCGGCCUACUCCGGCAUGGCGGCGCUGCCCUAUUUCGACGAGAUCGACCCCUCCGCCAUCGACGUCCUCCUCGUCACCCACUUCCACCUGGACCACGCCGCCUCGCUGCCCUACUUCCUGGAGAAGACAACGUUUAAGGGCCGCGUGUUCAUGACCCACGCCACCAAGGCUAUUUACAGGUUGCUGCUGUCGGAUUACGUCAAAGUGAGCAAGGUUUCCGUCGAGGACAUGCUGUUUGACGAGCAGGACAUCAUCCGUUCAAUGGACAAAAUCGAGGUCAUAGACUUCCACCAGACAUUGGAAGUUAAUGGCAUACGCUUCUGGUGCUAUACUGCUGGCCAUGUGCUUGGUGCUGCCAUGUUCAUGGUGGAUAUUGCUGGUGUUCGCAUUCUUUACACUGGUGACUACUCCCGUGAAGAAGACCGACACCUUAAAGCUGCUGAGAUACCCCAGUUCUCCCCUGAUAUUUGCAUCAUCGAAUCAACUUAUGGUGUGCAGCAACACCAACCCCGCCAUGUCAGAGAGAAGCGCUUCACUGAUGCCAUUCACAACACUGUUUCUCAAGGGGGUCGUGUUCUUAUCCCAGCGUUUGCUCUUGGUAGAGCACAGGAGCUGUUGCUUAUCCUGGAUGAGUAUUGGUCUAACCACCCAGAGCUUCACAAGAUUCCAAUCUAUUAUGCCUCCCCUCUUGCCAAGAAGUGCAUGGCUGUGUACCAGACAUACAUAAACUCCAUGAAUGAAAGAAUCCGAAACCAGUUUGCGCAGUCCAAUCCCUUCCAUUUCAAGCAUAUUGACCCUUUGAAUAGCAUAGACAACUUCCAUGAUGUGGGUCCGUCAGUGGUGAUGGCAAGUCCAGGUAGCCUCCAAAGUGGCCUCUCCAGACAGCUCUUUGACAAGUGGUGCACAGAUAAGAAGAACACAUGUGUUAUUCCAGGUUAUGCUGUCGAAGGCUCGCUUGCAAAGACAAUCAUCAAUGAGCCAAGAGAAGUGACACUAGCAAACGGGCUCACUGCUCCUCUUAACAUGCAGAUCUUCUACAUCUCCUUCUCAGCUCACGCUGAUUUCCCACAGACGAGCGGCUUCUUGGGUGAGCUUUGUCCACCCAACAUUAUUCUUGUACACGGGGAAGCAAAUGAGAUGGGUAGGCUUAAGCAGAAACUUAUCACUCAGUUUGAUGGGACAAACACAAAAAUCGUGUCUCCGAAGAACUGCCAAUCAGUGGAGAUGUAUUUUAGUUCUGAGAAAAUGGCCAAGACAAUUGGCAGACUGGCCGAGAAGGUACCGGAAGUGGGCGACUCAGUCAGUGGCUUGCUCGUGAAGAAGGGCUUCACUUACCAGAUCAUGGCCCCUGAAGAUCUCCGGGUGUACACACAACUUUCUACUGCCAACAUAACUCAGCGGAUUGCUGUCCCAUAUUCUGGUUCUUUUGAGGUGAUCAAGUACAGGCUGAAGCAAAUAUACGAGAGCGUGGAAUCAUCAACCGAAGAAGAUGUUCCAACACUCACUGUUCACGAGAGAGUGGCCAUCCGCCUGGAUUCAGAGAGCUACGUGACACUGCAGUGGUCCUCUGAUCCCAUAAGCGACAUGGUGUCCGACUCGGUGGUGGCCAUGAUCUUGAACAUUGGGCGUGAGGGUCCAAAGGUUGUUCCAAUCGAAGAAGCGGUGAAGACGGAAGAAGAAACGGAGAGGGUGGGGCGGAAGGUCGUGUAUGCCCUCAUGGUGUCGCUCUUCGGCGACGUUAAAGUUGCAGAGGAAGGGAAGCUCAUCAUAACUGUGGAUGGAGACGCCGCACACUUGGAUGGGAGGAGCGGUGAUGUCGAGUGCGCGAGCGCCGGGCUGAAAGAAAGGAUCAAGACCGCGUUUCGUCGCAUACAGGGUGCGGUGAGACCAAUCCCGCUCUCGGCCUCCUGAGCUGAAGCCAUGAGAGUGCCUUUAACUUUCCCUAGGGCUCGCGAUUAAGCAAAGUAGGAGUUUGUGUUAGGCGCGUUAUGCGGACAUUUUGUUGUUGAGCGAAAUGUAAUUCUACUGCCUGUUGUGCUUUACUGGAUGAUGAGUAGUAGACACUGGAAGUUAUCUGAACAAUCCUCUCACAUGCGCUAAAUUCGAGCUGCUGUGCUCUGCUAGAUGACCAGGUAGGCCUGUUUUGCUGCCUCUGGAACAUGAGUUGUAACAUAACAUUGUGGACAAUUUGUAGAAGUUAUGUGAACAAUCCUGUCAGUUGCAGUAGUAAA